AUAUCUUGCUCGUUUUGUCUGCCAAAGGGAAUUUAAUAAAAUAUUUAUUGCCUUAAGUAACAGUAAAUGUAUGGAAUUCAGUACUUAAUUGCUUCCGCGUUAGGAAUUUUCGUGUCUCAGCCCAGAAUCACAAUACAUUAAACCAAGUGACAACUACUACAGGGAUUAGCGAUGUCAUGGCGUGGACGAGACGACCGCAGUGACCGGAGCUCGCGGUGGGAGACUCAGGAUCGGCCAGACCCGUGGGCGAAGCGUGGCCGUUCGCCCGUGUGGGACAUGCGCCGCGAUUCUCCUGAUCGCUCGCGAGGGUCUCCUCGCCACCACCGCGACCGCUUUGAUCGUUACGAUCGCACCGGGGACCGUGACCGUGACCGGCGCGACCGCACCGACCGCGGUGAUCGCGGCGACCGUAGCGAACGUUACGAGAGGGACGAGCGACGCGGGCGCUCGCGGGACCGUCACGAACGUGCGCGCUCCCGCUCGCGCUCUCGAUCACGACGUCACUCGCCGCGCCGCCACGAGCGGGAACGCGACUGCGACAUUCCAGCACCUCCUUCUCCGCCAAAGAUCAGUGCACCUGAACCACCCACCUCACGAUCGCGUAGCCGCUCCGCCAGCCGCGAACCCGACAGUGUCAGCUCUACGUAUGAUAACAAGGAUGAGCAAGCCGUCAAUGCCUCCCCGGGAGACUGGUUUUGUAAAUGUGGCUCAUACAAUUUUAAAAGGCGCCAAAUAUGCUACAGACGUAACUGCAAUGGAAAGCGAUCAGAAGGGACAGUUUAUGGGGCUGAUGCUGAGAGGCAUGGCUUGACAGAAGGCAUGGGUAUCACAAAAAGGCUUUUGUUUAGAAGAUUAGAUGCUUUAACAACUGAAGAAAAAAUAUUAGAGGCAUUGAAAGAGAGAUGCUCAAAGGCUAUUUUAGAUUCUAUAGCAGGGAUCACAAUAGGGAGAGAAACUUUGACUGGAGCGUCAAAGUGCCUCGCAUAUAUAAACUUUAAUUCUAUAGCAGAUUCCACUGCUGCGCAUUCUGAAUUGAUGACUCUUUCACCUCCACUUGAGAUUGAUAGCCGAGAAGUUUUGAUAUCAUUUUACAAUGAGCCCCAGAAGAUUCCAAAACCUGCUCCAAAUCCAGUUGACUAUUCUAGUUAUUAUUCUCAGAUGACCACAUACAACAACAGUUCAGCUUUGUCUGAAGCAGACAGAGUUAAUGCUGCGGCAGCAGUUGCCCAGUCAGCUAUCACAGCAGCUCAGGCCCGGCAGCUCACGUGGACUCCAUCGGUCCCUACAUUUGUUACGUCAGCUGCACAAGCAGUAACCAAUAUCAAGGCUCCCACAGGUGAUGGAACAACAGUGUAUAAUGCUCCUGAUGUAAGGACAUUCAUGUAUGAUGAGACAUCUGGGUACUACUAUGAUCCUUCUUCAGGUCUGUACUAUGAUGGAACCACACAGUACUUUUACAAUAGCCAAAUUAAUCAAUAUAUGUAUUGGGAUGCCACUAGUUCUACUUAUAUUGCUGCUACACAAGCCACACAAAAUACUGAUCAGCCUAAGCUGCCUAGUCCCCCAACAGUCACCACUGAUAACACUAUUACUAAAGAGCCGGAGGAGAAAAAGAAAAAAGAUAAAGAGGACAAAGUUAAAGUUGCUAAAAAGAUAGCCAAAGAUAUGGAAAGAUGGGCUCGAACUUUGAAUCAAAAGAAGGAAAAUGCAAAGAGUAACUAUGUUAUGGAUCAGCCUCAAGACACAGGGCCUAGCAAGGGCUCUGCAGACAUUGGCUUUUCAGUGCUUGGAGCCGGGCCGUCAUUAACACAUGUGAGGGAAAUAUCCCCACCCCCAACUGUAGUCCCAGCUGCUCCUGAUGAGUUUUUGAUGAAGAGGGUAACAGAACCGGCGUUUGACAAUGAUGAUGGCAUUAUUGACUGGACAAAAUUAACAUGCUUACUGUGUAAAAGAAAGUUCCCUUCUGCAGAGGUUCUUACAAAGCACAAGACUCUUUCAGACCUGCAUAAGCAGAAUCUUGCAGCACAUAGGAAACAGUGUGAUUCAGCACCACAGAUGAAUGGGUAUAGAGACCGUGCAGCAGAGCGCCGAAUGAAGUUCGGAGAGGAUGAGACACCAGUCAGAAAGAGGUAUGAGCCACCAGAGCCUAUUCAGCCCCCCAUACAGGCCGCUCCACCACCAUCCGUUGUUGAUACCAUUGGAGGAAAAAUGCUUCAGAAGAUGGGUUGGUCAGCUGGACGAGGUUUGGGCAAAACUGAACAGGGGCGGAUAGCUCCUAUUGAGGCAGAGCAGAGGCCAAGCUUGGCAGGCCUUGGGCAGAAGAGAGGCAUUUACACACCUACUCCCGGGGAGACAUAUCGCGACACGGUGAAAAAGCUUAUGAUUGCGCGGUACAAAGAAGUCGUCGGUCAAGAGGAGGGAAAUUAGAUGGCGAGCCGCCCCGUGUGCCGCGCCCGCGCACCGCGGUGAGUAAAUUAUAUUUGCUUACUUGUCUAACGCAUCUCUUUCCACAGGCUUGACAGCAUAUACUUCUUAUGUCUUAGUUUGUUUAAUAAUCUAUAUAUCUUGUUUUGACCCUAGAAUGAAAUGUUUAUGUUAUUAGGUUAUUGGCAUGGCAUUGCAUUGCCUUCUUCAUUGCUGAAGAAAUUCCAAAAUUAUGAUUAUUCGGAGUUGACUAAAACGUGACUAUCAAGGCGUAGGUUAGGUAAUAUAGUAAGGUCUCUACGAUCAAAAUUAAUGCAUAUAUUGUUGGAUUUUACAGAAAGGGUAACAUUUAUGGCACAUAAUGAAUGGCUUGAGACACUAAUUUCAGAAUAUCUAAUAUAUAAACGUAUUAUAAACGUGAUGCCAUUUAUAAGUUAUUCAAGAUAAUCGGCUUUAAAUUACAAUCCAACACAGUAGUGAUGUGAUGAGUAUAUUGCGUCGACAAGGUAUAUAGAUUAUUUGAAGACACUGUUAUUUCUGGGAGAUUUGGGGUUCUAUAUAGUUUGUGGUUCUGUGAUACAAUCUGUGUUCUAGUAUUUAAACUAGGUUCUAGCUUGAAAAAAGGUAUUAUAAGAAUAGUCGGAGGACGAAGCGAGCAGCGACGGAGCAUAGACUCUGGAUAAACAUUACUGUGAUAUAACUGUGAUAUUUAGUGGUGCAAAAAACGGUGCAAGUGUGAAGCCCUUUACUGACGACUUUGACCAUUUACCUUACAGAACCGGCGCAGCGCCAGGACCCGCCAAUCCUUGUUUAGAGCAGGUUUAUUUAUUUGUACAACGAUGUACAAACGUGAUUUAGCUCGGAUACCGGGCUAGCGAGCUGCUGGCUUGUUUUGCAGUGGUAUGGCAUCAAUAGAUACGUCAGAGUACACACUGAACAACCCAUGUAAACAUACAUUACAAACAUAUUUAUUUGUGUUGUCAAAUCUGUUGAAUCCUUGAUGCUAUUCUUCUGCCUUCUGCAAAAUAUUUAAAGGAUAACCUUCGCAAGCUGCAUUAUGCACAUAAUAAUGACUAGAAUUAUACUUCAUUCCAAUUUAAGACUGCAUCGACCGUCCAGUUGUGCCCUCAAAGGGGGAAAUGUGUUUUCUUAAAUAUAAACCAAUUCAUUUAUGUAUAAAUUAGUAUAUUAUUAUUGUUGUCCUACUGAUUUCCCAACUCUUGGUCUUUGUUACAUAGUAUUAUUUUGCUUAUAUUUUGCUUUAUUAACUAAACGGUAAAUGGUGGCCACGUUUUUCCUAUAUUUGAUAAAGCAACAAAUGAGCAAAACUAUGUGACAAAGACCUAAAGUUGGGGAAUCAGUAGGACAACAAUAUACUGAAUUAUACAUAAAUAAAUUUGGUUUAUUAGAAAACAAUGUUCCCCAAUAAGGGCGCCACUGGACGGUUGAUACAGUUUAAUUAUUAAUUGAUGUAUUUUUACUCGUGGAAUAGUAAAUUUAAAUAUACGUUCGAAAAACAUAAAACAUAUAACUCUUCUUCGGCAGUUAAGUAUUAACUAGCGAAGGUUAUCUUUCCCCUUGUUUAAGUGGGAUGUAGAGAUAUAACUUCCAAAUUUAAUUAAUGAACUAUUUUUCAAGCGUUUUAUUAUCAUUAUAAUGUUUAAGUUGUGUUAUGUAAACGAAAAUGUCAGUGAAUCUUUUGUAUAUGUUUCUCGAAGACGUGUGUAGGUACUAGUGCAGAUUAAUUACUUGUUAAUUACGACGGUUUUGUUAAUUAAUAUACCUCAAUUUUAAACAGUUUAGUAAUAGCAAUAUAUUUUUAAUAUUUGACCUUAAUACUCAGAAAAUUAGAUGUCAAUAUUAACACGAAAACAUAUUUUAAUUAAAAUAUAUGAAGCACUUAAGACCUACUAACACUGUUUAAUAAUUAAUUAUAUAUGUACCUACGUAAUACGUAUAGUUUGUAAAACUGUUAUUUCAUAGGCACCUUUUUAUGGGAUUCACCAUUGAAAUUUUAAUGUUGUUAAAUUUAAUUAACUUGUACAUUUGCCAGACUUACCUACCAUUAAUAAAACAGGAAUGCUCACCUAGUUUUAGCGUAAUUAUUAUUCUUUAUCUUGCAUUGUAUUGUUAGUUGUUCACGUCUUUAGAUUACCAAAUAAAAUGAUUGUUAUGAAUAUAGGUGACGUUAUCUAUGAAAAGGGACCUUAUUGUCGAUGGCGCUUACGCCAUUAUUAACGAUGCUCCGGUAUAGAUACAAUGCCGCGCGAUGCUUUGCGGCUUAAGCGCCAUCGAGAAUAAGGUCCCUUUUCAUAGAUAAUGCACCAGAAUCAAACAGGUUACUGACAAAUGAACUAUUUACCUAAUGUACUUUAACUCCAUAGUUCUGUUAUACAU